AUGUUAAUUAGAUAGCUCUAUUCAAUAAACACUUUCUAAGGGAAUAUUAAAUUAAUAGUUCUUAGUGUGCUUUUGAUGGCUAUUCUAUUUCUAUGUUUAAUAUUUGUAAAAAUGUAAAUAAUACAAUAAAAUUACAAUGUUCUUUAAACUAACAUCAAUUAUGUGACUUUUCCAGAAACCUUAAAUUUUUACUUUAUUAAAACUGCUUAUAUUUCAUGGAUGUAAUUGACUUAGGAAUUGGAACUUGUAAAAUACAGCGAAUUUAUUUAGAAAUAAUAUGAACAAGAACUUUAAUCUAUGAAAGAGAUAAUUGAUAUUAAAUUAAAUGAGCUCUAUUAAGGAAUUAUUUAAUAUGAGGAUCAAAUAAUAACUAAUGAUUUAUAACUCAUAAAUAUCAAUGAGUAUGAAGCUUAAUCUUAAUAAUUAGAUCUCACAUAGCUGAUUUAAUUAAUUCAAAUUCAUGCAUUUAAUUUCAUAGACAAAUUUAACAAUAUUACCAGUUAUAAAGAUGUAUUAUUUUUUCGACUCAAUUUGCCAUAUAUAUAUCAAUUCGCUUUUAAAUAUAUCACUUUGUUAAAUGAAAAUCUUAUAUAUUAUUAGGAUAAAAUAAUUAACGAUGUUUUAUAAAUAACCAUGAUAAUCUUGGGCAUAGUAACUGGCAUAAUUCUAUAUGUUACAUUUUAGAUUUAAAACGUUACCAUGUAUGAGAAAUAAAUAUUAAUGCUGAUAUCCAGGGUCUCAUACAAAGCUGCAGAAGAGACUAUCGAUAAAUUGUUAGAUAUAAAGAGUGUUCUUUCAGAACCAACUUAAUUGGUGUGGAAGAAAAUAAAUUUCUUUGAUCUUAAUUAUGAAGGCAAAGAAAAUAAUAAUGAUUAAAAUAAAAUGAUUGUUGCCAAGAGCUUAAAGACAACUUCAGCUUCGAGAUCGAAUUAUCAAAAUACAAAAACUAAAUCAAAGUCUAAACGAAAUUAUUAGAGCAAUUCUCUUGCUUAAAGGAUAUAUGAUUUAAGUUUGGUUAAUAGAAUGAACUACUUUUACUUGAUAGUGGCAUGGUUGAUAUUUUGUCUUUUUAUUGUUGGCUCCAUUCUUGUAACAGUAAAUUAAGUUUCUGAUAUUAAACCAACACUCAAUUUAAAUUUAUAAUUGAUUAGAUUCAAAUUUAGAUUUGAUUCAUUAAUUGUUUACAGUGAAGUCAUUAAAUCUUAAAAGAUUAUAGAAUAAUAUCUGCAAAAUCAAUAUAAAAAUUUAGAUAUGUAAGUAGAUGUCAUACUUGAUCUAUUCAAUUAAUUAUAUAAUGGAUUUCAAGAUAGUAUGAAAUAAAUAUAUGAUUCUCUUAUUGGAAAUUCAGGAUUGAUGGAAACAUAAAAAAUGGAAUUACUCAUGUAUUUUGAACAAAGUUUAUGUAAUUUCAUGAGUUCAGAAAUUCCUUUUUGCAAUAUCCAAAUUUAAAGUGAUGUUAAUUUUACUGUCCCUAAGAGUUUCAUAGAUCAAUACGGUUAACCUGUGGCAGAAGAUAAUAACUAUGAAUAUGUUUCUGGAGGAAUAAUUAAUAUGGUUUAAGAAUUCAGCAAAACUCUACAGAUGUACUAUUACACCGAAUUAGUCAAUAAAAAUUUAAGCACCGAUAGUGCUCAUGAAAUAAGUCAAUAUCUGAAAUCUAAAGUACAUACUACCUAAUAGGUGGAGUAUUUUCUGGAUACUGGAAAAUUAUUAAGCACCGUUGGAUAUAAUUUAUUUGAAUAGAAUUAAUCGAAGUUAAAUUAGGCAACCACUCUUACUUAAAUAUAUGUCUAUCUGACUGGAUUAAGUGUAUUUCUAAUUUUUAUUUUGAUGUCUUAUAAAUGGAUAAAAUAAAUAACAGCAAGACUUUAAUUAAUGAGAUUGAGUUUAACUCUUAUUCCCUAUGAUAUUUUAUUAGAACCAAAGACUAUAAGUUCACUCAAAUAAUUGUGA